CGAGUGUGCGCGGUUACACGUGGUUGUGCGUUGAGCCUGCUCGUCUGUGAUCUAGCGAAAUGACUAAAGCAAAGAAGGAGGAAUCGGAGGAAGUGCCCGAAACGCCGAGCAAGUCUUACGAUGAGCUGUUGGCGUAUCUAAACCCCAUCGCUAAGCCGCUGGCGGGCCGCAAACUCACCAAGAAACUAUACAAAUGUGUAAAGAAAGCCAUAAAACAAAAGAAUAUCCGCAGAGGAGUGAAGGAAGUACAAAAGUUCAUCAACAAAGGAGAGAAAGGGAUUGUAGUAAUGGCUGGUGACACCCUUCCCAUUGAGGUGUAUUGUCACAUCCCUGUAAUGUGUGAGGAUCGCGGCAUUCCUUAUUCAUACGUUCCAUCCAAAUCAGACCUAGGAGCAGCUGCUGGCUCCAAGCGCCCGACCUGUGUGAUACUGAUCAAACCACAUGAGGAUUACCAGGAAGCAUAUGAUGAAUGUCUAGAGGAUGUACAAGCCCUUCCGUUACCCUACUGAUCUGGACAACUUUAGAGGAUACUUUUCCAUUAACCAUUCUGGCAUACUGUGAGGAAAAUGGUACCAGACAUUUCUUCGUACACACUUUGCAUGCAGCUCUAAAGACAAACUGUGAGGACAUUAAAGUGUUUGCUGUAAUGUGUCAGCUAACCCUUCUGUCUAGGGCUGAGCCAGUUAGGAAAUUACAGUUCAUUUACUGAUUAACAGAGCCUGUUAACACCAUUUUUUUAAAGAAAUGUUUUUUGGAGAUGGAUCCUAAUUUUGGAAGGGGAGCUUCUUUGUAACAGAUACUGACACUUGCUGGAGUACAGAUCUAAAUUUAUGUCCCCCUGCCUGGUAUCCCAAGAUAUCCAUAGCACAGUGAUAUGGGUCAAAGAAGGUUAAUUUUCAAUUUGAAUAUAGACAUAUUACGAAAUAAAUGACCAAUAUUUUUUGUUA